AUGCUUAAAGCCUUUCGUCUUCAACUAUGGAACUUCACUAGUCUUCGUCUUCAUUAUUCAGCUGUAAAAGAAACUGAUUUAGGGUUUGUGAAGCAUUCCUGUGAUCGAGCUGAAAGAAACAAAGAACUCGCAGCAAUGGCACAAUUGGAACCUAAUGGACUGUUUGCGAUGGUGGAACUCAACUACCAAGGGGUAUUUAAUCGAAAUCCUUUCUCUUACACUGGUGGUGUUAAAACCAUCUUCAAUGAUGUUGACUUUUCUUCUAUGACUUAUUCUGAGUUUGUGACCUUCUGCGAACGUUUCAUGCAUGAAGAGUGUAAAAAGUCUUACUACUGUGAACCAGACAUGUCCUUCAUGGAAGGGCUUAAUCCCAUUUCAGAUGAUGUGGAAUAUUCUGCUUUUAUUUUUGAUGCUUAUGGAACAGAUGGUGUAAUUUCGGUUUAUGUGGAGCAUAUUGGGGUUGGUGUUGAUGGGACAUCAAAUGAUCCUUUCUUAAGUAAGCUAUGUGUUGAUGAUGAGGAUGCAAACAACAUUGUAGAUGAUGACAAUGGGAGAGAAGUUGAAGUUAACAUACAAACUCAUUCCAUCUUUAAUGAGCUAUUACACUGGAAAAAACAAAAACCAAUUCUAGGGAUGAGAUUUAAGGGUCCAGGGCAAGGUUUGAUAAAGGCUGUUAAAGAGUUGCUGCCAUAUGUAGAGCACAGGCAGUGUGCUAGACAUAUUUGCCAGAAUUUGCAGAAGAGAUUUACUGGUGCCAUAUAUCAUACCUUGUUUUGGAGAGCAUCUAAAGCCACAACUGAGCAUGCUUUUAAAGUUGUGAUGAAAGAAAUUGAGACAUUGAACCCAGAUGCCCAUCAAUAUCUCAUGGAGAAAGAUCUUAAAACAUGGUCUAGAGCUUUCUUUCAAACUGGAAGGUGUUGUGAUGCAGUUGAAAAUGGGUUCUCAGAAAGUUUUAAUGCUGUAAUAGUAGAUGCUAGGAAGAAGCCCAUAAUAACCAUGUUAGAGGAGAUAAGAUUAUACAUGAUGGAUAGAAUCUACAACAUGAAAUUAAAGGGACAACAAUGGGGAAAUCAUAUUUGUCCAAAGAUAAGGAUAAGUGACAUCUGGCCAGAGACAAACUAUACUCCACCAUUGCCUCUUAUUAAUAGAAGGAUGCCUGGUAGGCCAACUACUAAGAGGAAGAAAUCCACUACAGAGAAUAUAGGAACACACAGGGUUUCUAAGGCUGGAAAGAAAACCAUAUGUAGUAUUUGCAAGGAGAUAGGUCACAACAAGGCCACUUGUCCACAAAGAAGGCCCCAAAAUACAAGUGAACCACAACAACAUGAAGAGGUUGAAAUGACUCCAAUUGAGAUGGAUACUACUCAAAAUGAUAUGCAAGUUGCUCCUACUGAUGUUGAAUCUAGUAGUGCAGGGGAUUUUAGUCAUUAUAUGCAAUUUACUCCACCUAGAUGUUAUGAAGAUGAGGAGGCUGAGGAGGUUGAUCUUGUUAUCCAAUUUGAUAAUGUAAAUGUUCAGGAGGUUGAUGAGGUUAAUCCUAAUGCCCAAGUGGAUAAUGGUAAUGUUCAGGAGGUUGCUCCUGUUAACCAAGUUCAACACGUUUGUGUUAGGCCAAUUUCAGAUAUUUUGAAGAGGAUAAGGAGAAGAAAGUCAGAGAGAAUACUGAAGCUGAAAUUAGGCAAAACAAUUGGUGGUGUUGAUGAUCUAGGAAAUUCGAAGGGAAAAGCUCUUGUAAUUGAUUAG